UCUGAACGUACCCCUAACUGCUAACCCUAACCUAACCUAAGAACUUUACUGGAUAUAAUUACUUGUACCGUGUGGUUUGGUUGAGUAAAACUAUAUUAAUCUACAAUAUUUAUUUUCUACUGUCAUUAUGUCGUUUUUUAUAAGAAAUAAUCGAGGAGGUGGAAGAGUAAAACGCAAGUUCAAUGGUACUCAGUCUAUAUCAAAACAAUCAAAGAAAUUUGCAAAGAAGUCUGUAUCUGAUGAUGAUGAAAGUAUUGCGAGUACAGAUGAAGAGUUUGCAGAAGAAAAUUUUAAAAGCAAAACUGAAAGAUUCGUGAGUGAGAGUGAGGAAGAAGAAGAAACUGCACAAGAAAAACGUAUUAGACUUGCAAAGAAGUAUAUAAAAGAAAUUGAAGAAGAAGAAAAAGAUAGAGCAGAAUUUGAAGAAGGCGCUGUUUCACAAAGAUUACACAAAGAAUAUUUAGAAGAGAAAGGUCGAUUAAGGAAAACUGUAGCAAUAUGUUACAUUGGUCACAAGGAUCUUAUCUCAUUAAAAUGUAAAGAGCACAAAACAUCCAUUACCUGUAUAUGUCUCUUAAGUGAUGGAAGUGUAUUGUACUCUGGAGCUAAAGAUGGGAGUAUAGUUAAAUGGUCAUUAAAAACACAUUCUAAAUUAAUAGCCCUUAAAGGGAAAAAAGUAAAAACAGAAGUUACUUUGAGCCAUUACAUACAGUGUUUAGCAAUUAGCACAGAUGGAAAGUUUCUGGUUGUAGGAGAUAGGAAUUGUAAUGAUAUAAAAGUACUUUGUGGCAACACUUUGAAACAUAUAAAAAAUCUACAAGGUCAUAGAGGUUCUGUGUCUGGAUUGGUAUUUCGCAAGAACACUCACACUUUGUACUCUGCUUCUACUGAUAGGAGUAUAAAAGUUUGGAACCUGGAUGAUAUGGCUUAUGUUGAAUCUUUCUUUGGACAUCAGGGUGGCAUCACGUCCAUCGAUGCGCUCUCACGAGAGCGUGCCGUCACAAGCGGUUUCGAUAGUAGUAUCAGGAUAUGGAAAAUAGUCGAAGAAUCGCAACUGAUAUUCAAUGGACAUAGCAAUAAUUCCAUCGACGAGGUUAAACUCAUUAAUGAGGAAAAUUUCUUCAGCUGUGGCAGCGACGGACAACUCUGCGUCUGGAGCUCUUUAAAGAAGAAACCGUUGUGCACUGUGACGGAGGCGCAUGGGAAGGAUGAAACUAAUAACCAAGCGCUGUGGAUUUCAAGCAUUGCAGCAUUAUUAAAUACAGAUUUAGUGGCAUCAGGUUCGCGAGACGGCAGCAUUAAACUGUGGCAAUGCGGCGAAGCAUUUAGAUCGUUAAAUCCGCUGUUUGAAGUUAAAAUACCAGGAUUUAUAAAUGCACUUGCUUUUACGCCUGACGGAAAUCAUCUUAUUGCUGGCGUCGGUCAGGAGCACAGAAACGGUAGAUGGUGGCGAGUAGGAAACGUGAAAAAUUGUAUUAUCGUUAUACCAUUAAUACGUAGUGAAAAACAUAAAUAAUUGACUGAUAAAUAGUUAUGUAUAUACA